GCCGCCCCCCCCCCCCCGCCCUAGGAGUCCCACCUCCAGCGAGGAUGAGAUGGCUCAGAGUCUCUCUGACUACUCCGAGGACUCCGCCUCCGACCGGGAGGAGACCGUCUACGAGACCAUAGGCCCCGCCCCCUCGGCCCCGCCCUACAUGGAGGACGUGAGGACACACUCCCUGGUGGUCCGCGUGCUCGUCCCCGACCUGCAGCAGACGAAAUGCAUGCGCUUCAACCCGGACGCCAGCGUGUGGGCGGCCCGCAGCGCGUGCCUCUGCUCGCUGAGCCGUGGUCUGAAGGACGCGCUGAACUACGGCCUCUUCCAGCCUGCCAGCGGCGGCCGCGACGGGAAGUUCCUGGACGAGGAGCGCCGUGCUCAGGAGUACCCUCAGCCAUAUCAUAAACCUUUCCCUUUCCUAUGGAACCCCACACAGUUCCGCUACAAGAGCCGAGUGUACAGGCAGCCUCACGUCGAUGAGAAGAUGAUCUCCAAACUCCACACCAAGGCCAAUUUGAGGAAGUUCUUGGAGCUGAUCCAGAACCAGCAGGUGGACAAAGUGUCCAGACUGCUGGAGAGAGGGCUGGACCCCAACUACCAGGACCCCCACAGCGGAGAGACCCCCCUGACGCUGGCCGCCCACCUGGGCGUCGUGACGGAGGUGAUGAAGGUGACGGAGGUGAUGAAGGUGCUGAAGAAUGGCGGCGCUCACCUGGACUUCAGGGCCCGAGACGGGCUGACGGCCCUCCACAAAGCGGCCCGCGCCCGGCAGCCCCUCCCUCUGGAGACCCUGCUGGAGCUGGGGGCGUCUCCGGACUACAAGGACGGGCAUGGCCUGACCCCCCUGUACCACAGCGUGGUUGGGGGGGGCGACCCGGGCUGCUGUGAGCUACUGCUGCUGCACCGCGCUGCCACGGGCUGCAGGGACGAGAACGGAUGGGCGGAGCUCCACCAGGCUUGUCGCCAUGGCCACGUGCAGCACCUGGAACAUCUGCUGUUCUACGGAGCAGAUAUGAGCGCCCAGAACGCCUCCGGAAACACGGCUCUGCACAUCAGUGCCCUGUACAACCAGGAUAACUGCACCCGAGUGCUACUGGCCCGCGGAGCCGAUAAGGAGGAGAAGAACUACAACAGCCAGAACCCCUUCCAGGUGGCGAUCAUCGCUGGGAACUUUGAGCUGGCUGAGCUUGUGAAGAACCACAAAGAGACAGACGUAGGUGAGUACCUCCCGUUGCCCAGAGCCACGCUUGGCUUCCUGUAGAGCCAGGAGCUGAGAGGAGACACCCAGUCCAGUGGCUUAGAGGGAUCCUAGGAGGUAGGAUGUCUGGGUCCUAGGAGAUAGGAGGUCAGGAUCCUAGGUCAACAUGGCUGUGCUCAUGGGCUCUGAGGAACACCUUGUGUCUCGCACCAAAGUUAUCAGUUAGCAGCUAUCAGCUAUCAGCUAUCAGUUUUUGCUUUCAUUCA